AUGUCUGCCCAACGCGCAUACAACUUCUCUGCUGGCCCAGCUGCUGUCCCACUCGAGUGCCUCGAGCGUGCUGCUGCCGAAAUGACAAACUGGCGUAACUCCGGAAUGUCUGUCAUCGAAGUUUCCCACCGUGGCAAACACUGGAUGGAGGAGCAGAAGGAAGCUACAGAACGCCUCCGCACACUCCUUCAGGUCCCAGAGAACUUCAACAUUCUCUUCGUCGCUGGUGGUGCAUCCCUCCAGUUCUCCGCCAUCCCAUUCAACUUCAUUGGCGAGCACAAGGCUGUCGACUACCUUUGCACAGGCACAUGGUCCAAGAAGGCCUUCGAUGAGUGCAAGCGCCUUGCCUUCCCAGGUGUUACAGUCAACUCUGUUGCUGGCAACCCACCAGCUAACCCAGUUGAAGUUCCAGCUCGUGACACAUGGAAACUCUCCGAGGAUGCCGCUUACUUCUACUACUGCGACAACGAGACAAUCCAGGGCAUUGAAUUCCAGCAAUUCCCAGAUGUCCCAGCUCCACUCAUCAUCGAUAUGUCAUCCAACUUCCUUUCCCGCCCAAUCACACAGUGGGAGAAGGUUGGCUGCAUCUUCGCCUGCGCUCAGAAGAACUUCGGUCUCGCCGGCAUGAGUGUCGUCAUCAUCCGCAAGGACAUGCUCGAACGCCCAGUCAAGCCAUUCUGCCCAAUCACAAUGGACUACAGAAUCCAAGUCAAGAACAACUGCAUGUACAACACACCACCAACAUUCGCCAUCUACUUCGCUAACCACAUCUUCAAGUGGAUCGAGGAGAAGGGUGGCCUUGCUGCCAUGGAUGCCCUCAACAAGGAGAAGGCUAAGAAGGUCUACGAGGCUAUCGACUCAAAUCCAAACUUCGUCAACCGUAUCAAACCAGAGUGGCGUUCCCGCAUGAACAUGCCAUUCUUCCGCCCAGACGGCUACGAGAACAAGGAUCUUGAUGCUGAUGCUAAGUUCGUCAACUUCUGCACACAGAGAAAGCUCCUCACACUCAAGGGCCACGUUUCUGUCGGUGGCUUCCGUGCUUCCUGCUACAACGCUUGCCCAAUGGAGGCCGUCGAUGCCCUCGUUCAGGCAAUGAAGGAAUGGCCAGGCUUUUAA